GCUAUGAAUUGUUCCACCCGCCCAACCGUCGCGAUGGAUGGAGGACUGAGAGAUGGACACAUUUAAAUAAAGCUGUGUGAGAGCCGGCGGUGGCGGCGGACGGUGAGCUCUGUCUCUGUCUCUGUCUCUGUACAUGGGACGGACACACACUCAGUGCACACACAGUCAGUGACACACUAUGCUCUGUUUAUUGUUUAUAUUACAGGGUACACCAUGAUAUACCACUCACUAACAUCAGCAGCACUGUAUCUACAGCCUGAUCAGGGCAACAGUGUUAUAAUAUCAGAUCCAGGCAGAAACCGUUAUGUUAUCAACAUGGAGAGAGAGAGAGAGAGAGAGACUGACUGUUAUAUUAUCAACAUGGAGAGAGAGAGAGUUAUAUUAUCAACAUGGAGAGAGAGAGAGAGUAAUAUUAUCAACAUGGAGAGAGAGUUAUAUUAUCAACAUGGAGAGAGAGAGAGAGUAAUAUUAUCAACAUGGAGAGAGAGUUAUAUUAUCAACAUGGAGAGAGAGAGAGUUAUAUUAUCAACAUGGAGAGAGAGAGAGUUAUAUUAUCAACAUGGAGAGAGAGAGAGUUAUAUUAUCAACAUGGAGAGAGACAGAGUGUGUUAUAUUAUCAACUUGGAGAGAGAGAGAGUAAUAUUAUCAACAUGGAGAGAGAGAGAGUAAUAUUAUCAACAUGGAGAGAGAGAGAGUAAUAUUAUCAACAUGGAGAGAGAGUAAUAUUAUCAACAUGGAGAGAGAGUAAUAUUAUCAACAUGGAGAGAGAGUUAUAUUAUCAACAUGGAGAGAGAGUUAUAUUAUCAACAUGGAGAGAGAGAGAGUAAUAUUAUCAACAUGGAGAGAGAGAGAGUAAUAUUAUCAACAUGGAGAGAGAGAGAGAGUAAUAUUAUCAACAUGGAGAGAGAGAGUAAUAUUAUCAACAUGGAGAGAGAGUAAUAUUAUCAACAUGGAGAGAGAGAGAGUAAUAUUAUCAACAUGGAGAGAGAGAGAGUAAUAUUAUCAACAUGGAGAGAGAGUUAUAUUAUCAACAUGGAGAGAGAGAGAGAGAGAGUUAUAUUAUCAACAUGGAGAGAGAGAGAGUUAUAUUAUCAACAUGGAGAGAGAGAGUUAUAUUAUCAACAUGGAGAGAGAGAGUUAUAUUAUCAACAUGGAGAGAGAGAGUUAUAUUAUCAACAUGGAGAGAGAGAGAGUUAUAUUAACAUGGAGAGAGAGUUAUAUUAUCAACAUGGAGAGAGAGUUAUAUUAUCAACAUAGAGAGAGAGAGUAAUAUUAUCAACAUGGAGAGAGAGUAAUAUUAUCAACAUGGAGAGAGAGUAAUAUUAUCAACAUGGAGAGAGAGUAAUAUUAUCAACAUGGAGAGAGAGUUAUAUUAUCAACAUAGAGAGAGAGAGAGUUAUAUUAUCAACAUGGAGAGAGUUAUAUUAUCAACAUGGAGAGAGAGAGAGAGUUAUAUUAUCAACAUGGAGAGAGAGAGAGUUAUAUUAUCAACAUGGAGAGAGAGAGAGUUAUAUUAUCAACAUGGAGAGAGCUAUAUUAUCAACAUGGAGAGAGAGUGAGAGAGAGACUGUUAUAUUAUCAACAUGGAGAGAGAGAGAGAGUUAUAUUAUCAACAUGGAGAGAGUUAUAUUAUCAACAUGGAGAGAGAGUGAGAGAGAGACUGUUAUAUUAUCAACAUGGAGAGAGAGAGAGUUAUAUUAUCAACAUGGAGAGAGAGAGAGUGUAAUAUUAUCAACAUGUGGAGAGAGAGUAAUAUUAUCAACAUGUAGAGAGUGUAAUAUUAUCAACAUGUAGAGAGUUAUAUUAUCAACAUGUAGAGAGAAAGUGUUAUAUUAUCAACAUGUAGAGAGAGUGUUAUAUUAUCAACAUGUGGAGAGAGUGUUAUAUUAUCAACAUGUAGAGAGAGUAAUAUUAUCAACAUGUAGAGAGAGAGUGUAAUAUUAUCAACAUGUAGAGAGAGUAAUAUUAUCAACAUGUAGAGAGAGUAAUAUUAUCAACAUGUAGAGAGAGUGUAAUAUUAUCAACAUAUAUAGAGAGAGUGUAAUAUUAUCAACAUGUAGAGAGAGAGUGUAAUAUUAUCAACAUGUAGAGAGAGAGUGUAAUAUUAUCAACAUGGAGAGAGAGAGUGUAAUAUUAUCAACAGGGAGAGAGAGAGAGUGUAAUAUUAUCAACAGGGAGAGAGAGAGAGAGUUAUAUUAUCAACAGGGAGAGAGAGAGAGAGAGUUAUAUUAUCAACAGGGAGAGAGAGAGAGUUAUAUUAUCAACAGGGAGAGAGAGAGAGUUAUAUUAUCAACAUGGAGAGAGAGAGAGUUAUAUUAUCAACAUGGAGAGAGAGAGAGUUAUAUUAUCAACAUGGAGAGAGAGAGAGUUAUAUUAUCAACAUGGAGAGAGACAGAGUGUGUUAUAUUAUCAACUUGGAGAGAGAGUGUGUGUUAUAUUAUCAACUUGGAGAGAGAGUGUGUGUUAUAUUAUCAACAUGUGGAGAGAGAGAGUUAUAUUAUCAACAUGUAGAGAGAGAGAGUUAUAUUAUCAACAUGUAGAGAGAGAGAGUGUUAUAUUAUCAACAUGGAGAGAGAGAGAGUUAUAUUAUCAACAUGGAGAGAGAGUUAUAUUAUCAACAUGGAGAGAGAGAGAGUUAUAUUAUCAACAUGGAGAGAGAGAGAGAGUUAUAUUAUCAACAUGGAGAGAGAGAGUUAUAUUAUCAACAUGGAGAGAGAGUGUGUUAUAUUAUCAACUUGGAGAGAGAGUGUGUGUUAUAUUAUCAACUUGGAGAGAGAGUGUGUGUUAUAUUAUCAACAUGUGGAGAGAGAGAGUUAUAUUAUCAACAUGUAGAGAGAGAGAGUGUUAUAUUAUCAACAUGUAGAGAGAGAGAGUGUUAUAUUAUCAACAUGUAGAGAGAGAGAGAGAGAGUGUUAUAUUAUCAACAUGGAGAGUGAUUUUUUACCAACAUGAGAGAGGGAGUAGAAAAAACAAUGCAAUAAUAUCCUUUAUCAGUUGUGGUAGUCUCUUUCCAUACAUAAAAUGUACAUAAUUAUGAGGUGGCAGCCGAGGCACUAAGCUUCACUAACCAAUAAUUGAUCCAAGGUUGCCAUAUUAAAGGGACACUAUAGUCACCUGAACAACUACAGCUUAAUAUAGUUGUUCAGGUAUGAUCUAUAGCUCCCUGCAGGCAAUCUAAUGUAAACAUUGUAUCUUCAGAGAAAAUACAGUGUUUACAUUGAUUUGAUAGGAAUACCUCCAGUGGCCGUCACUCAGACGGCCACCAGAGGGACUUCCUAUCAAGUAGGGACCUAAAAAGGCCUUGUACACGUCAGACGUAUUAAAAUACGUCUGACGUGUGCAGGAGAGAGAAGGCACUGUGUGCGUGCCUUCUGUCUGUCAGCAGAGGAGAGGGGGCGGGCAAAGACCGCAAGCUGUGCUGUCAGUCAGCUCAGCUCGCGCCCGCGCGCAUGCGCAGUAGUGCACUCAGGAUUUCAGUGCACUCAUGAAUGCCGCCCUCUGAAGUAUGUGCGCAUGUGCAGAAUGACGCUUCCAAAUGGAAGAGUCUGAUUGCUCGCUCCCGCCUAUUUCGGCAUUUUGACGAAAUAGGGGGCGCGGCUUCACGAGGCUCCUGGCGCUGGAACCAGGUGAGUAAAAUCCUCUGCCUGGAGAGUCCCUUUAAACAAAAAUGCUGUGUAUACCAUGCACUGUGUACUGACCACUCUUCUGCCUGUUUACUGGUAUCUCUUGUGCUGUGUGUACCAUGCUCUGUUUACUGAUAUCUCUUGUGCUGUGUGUACCAUGCUCUGUUUACUGGUAUCUCUUGUGCUGUGUGUACCAUGCUCUGUUUACUGAUAUCUCUUGUGCUGUGUGUACCAUGCUCUGUUUACUGGUAUCUCUUGUGCUGUGUGUACCAUGCUCUGUUUACUGUAUCUCUUGUGCUGUGUGUACCAUGCUCUGUUUACUGGUAUCUCUUGUGCUGUGUGUACCAUGCUCUGUUUACUGUAUCUCUUGUGCUGUGUGUACCAUGCUCUGUUUACUGGUAUCUCUUGUGCUGUGUGUACCAUGCUCUGGUAUCUCUUGUGCUGUGUGUACCAUGCUCUGUUUACUGGUAUCUCUUGUGCUGUGUAUACCAUGCUCUGUUUACUGGUACCUCUUGUGCUGUGUAUACCAUGCUCUGUUUACUGGUACCUCUUGUGCUGUGUAUACCAUGCUCUGUUUACUGGUACCUUUUGUGCUGUGUAUACCAUGCUCUUUUUACUGGCAUCUCUUGUGAUACAUACAUACGUGUGUUCACACUCAUUUCAAUGCAUCCCUUCAAAUAUCCUCUGCACCAUGUGCAUGUAUGUCUUGCACUGCCCGACAUGUAUGGGUGUAAUAUACUUUGCACUGUGUAUAAUGCUGCACAUGGAUAUAUGCAAAGAUUUUUAAAAUUAUUUUUAGAGCAGGCACACUAGAAUUGUUCACAGUAGAAUUAUUCAUUACAAAAAAGCAAACAAACUGGAAUAUGGUUGCUUGUUAAAGUCACAUCUCCUUUGUAUAAUUUUAAAUGUCUCUUCCCACAGGCUAUGCAAACACCUACCGAUGGGGUUUUAACCCCCAAAGGGACAUCAAGAGAAUCCAGGAACAUUCCUUUACCAAGUGGUGGAUUCACUAAUGGAGGGUUUCAUUCAGUACGUCGCAAUACUCCUUUUGGCAAAGCCCCAUCAAAGCGAAGGAUUCCACAGAACAGCCAUUUGGAGGUAGGUUUGUGUAAUACUUGGAAAGAACACCUACUUGGAAAAAAAUCUCUGUAUACUUACAGUGGAUGGGCUGAGUUAUUUUGUGGUUAAACUGUUCAAAGGAAGUAUCUUCAACAGCUCAUAGUUACAUAGCUGAAAAGAGACUUCCGUCCAUCAAGUUCAGCCUUCCUCACAUAUGUUUUUGCUGUCGAUCCAAAAGAAGGCAAAAAACCCAGUCUGAAGCGUUUCCAAUUUUGCAACAAACUACGAAAAAAUUCCUCCUUGACUCCAAAAUAGCAGCCAGAUGUCUCCUUGGAUAAAGCAGCUAUUGCCCCACUAAUUAGAAAUUAUAUCCCUGUAUGUUAUGUUUUUGCAAAUAUCUAUCCAAUUGCAGUUUAAACAUCUGUAUAGACUCUGACAAAACCACCUCUUCAGGCAAAGAAUUCCAUAUCCUUAUUGCUAUUACUGUUAAAAAACUUUUAUUUGCCUUAGAUGAAAUCUCCUUUCUUCCAGCCUAAAUGUGUGACCUUGUGUCCUAUGUAUAGCCCUGUUUAUGAAUAGAUUUCCAGAUAAUGGUUUGUACUGGCUGCGAAUAUAUUUUUAUAAUGUUAUCAUAUCCCCCCUCAUGCGCGGUUUUUCCAAAGUAAAGAGAUUUACAUUUUUUAACCUUUCUUCAUAACUAAAAUACUCCAUUCCGUUUAUCAAUUUUGUAGCUCGUCUCUGCACUUUUUCUAGUGCCAUAAUAUCUUUCUUUAGAACAGGUGCCCAAAAUUGCACAGCAUAUUCAAGAUGUGGUCUUACCAGCGAUUUAUAAAGAAGCAAAUUAUAUUUUCAUCUCGAAUUUAUGCCGCUAUUUAUACAUGACAAAACCUUACUGGCCUCAGCAAUGGCAGAUUGACAUUGCAUAUUGCUGCCUAAUUUGUUGUCUAUAACAAUUCCCAAAUCCUUCUCGUGUGUGGUUAUCCCUAGUUUACUACCAUUUAGGGUGUAAAUUGCUUGUGCAUUGUUAACCCCGAAGUGCAUAACUUUGCAUUUCUCUACGUUAAAUUUAAUCUGCCAUUUUAGUGCCCAGUCUCCCAAUCUAUCCAAAUCCCUCUGCAGCAAGGCAAUAUCCUGCUCACAUUUUAUCCCUUUACAAAGUUUUGUGUCAUCUGCAAACACUGAUACAUGGCUUUCAAUGCCCAUUUCAAGAUCAUUUAUAAAUAUGUUAAAUAGAAGCGGUCCCAAAACAGAACACUGAGGGACACCACUUACCACUUUUGUCCAGCUUGAAAAUUUACCAUUAAUGACAACUCGUUGUACUCUAUCCUUAAGCCAAUGUUCUACCCAAGAACAACAAUAUUCAUCUAGACCAAUUUCUUUCAGUUUGAAGACUAACCUUUUGUGAGGAACCGUAUCAAAUGCCUUGGCAAAAUCCAAUAGAUCACAUCCACUGCAACACCCUGAUCUAUACUUCCACUUCUUCUUAGAAUGCAAUUAGGGUAGUUUUACAUGACCUAUGUUUCAUAAAACCAUUCUGAUUAUUGCUAAUAACACAGUUCUUCCCAAUGAAUUCCUGAAUAUUAUCCCUUAAUAGCCGUUCAAAUAAUUUCCCAGUCACAGAAGUUAAGCUCACAGGUUUAUAAUUUCCAGGCAAGGAUUUUGAACCCUUUUAAAAUAUAGGAACAACAUCUGCCUUCCUCCAAGCCUCCAGUACAAUACCUGAAACAAAAGAAUCUUGAAAAAUUAAAUACAGAGGUUCACUUAUUUCCCCACUUAGCUCCUUAAGUACUCGUUGGUGGAUACCGUCCGGCCCCGGAGCUUUAUUUACAUUAAUUUUUUUUAAUAGCUGUAGCACCUUGUCUCAAGUUAUCCAAUCACAAGUUAUUUGCAAGUUUGUUGCAGCAAUCAUUUGCUUAUCUCUUGCCAUAGGAUCCUCAUUAAAGGACCACUAUAGUGCCAGGAAAACAUACUCGUUUUCCUGGCACUAUAGUGCCCUGAGGGUGCCCCCACCCUCAGGGUCCCCCUCCCGCCUGGCGGGAUGGCGAGGAAAGGGGUUAAACUUACCUUUUCUCCAGCGCCGGUCGGGGAGCUCUCCGCCUCCGAUCCUCCUCUUCGGCUGAAUGCGCAUGCGCGGCAGGAGCUGCGCGCGCAUUCAGCCGGUCUCAUAGGAAAGCAUUUACAAUGCUUUCCUAUGGAUGUUUGCGUCUUCUCACUGUGAUUUUUACAGUGAGAAGCACGCAAACGCCUCUAGCGGCUGUCAAUGAGACAGCCUUUAGAGGCUGGAUUAACCCUAACAUAAACAUAACAGUUUCUCUGAAACUGCUAUGUAUAUAUAUAUAUAUUAAAAAAAAAAAUAAAAAAAAAGGUUAAUCCUAGAGGGACCUGGCACCCAGACCACUUCAUUAAGCUGAAGUGGUCUGGGUGCCUUGAGUGGUCCUUUUAAUAUAUACUGAAGAAAAAUAGUUAUUUAAAAUUUCUGCCUUUUCCUGGUCUUCAUUAGCUAACAGACCCAUCUCUGUUUCCAGUGUACCUACACUUUCAUUUUUUUUUUUUUUUCGAAUUGAUGUACCUGAAAAAAAAAUUGGGGGUUGGUUUUGCUUUCUUUGGCUAUCCAUUUCUCAUUUUCUAGUUUAGCCACAUUAAUUGCCUUUUUGCAAGUAUUAUUGGCUUCCUUAUAUCUUGUAUAGGAUGCCUCUGAUUUGUCCAAUUUAAAUGCCCUUUUCUUAUUUUUGAAUCUCUUGUUUUACUUCUCUACUAAGCCACAUUGGUUUUAAUGUUUCUUUUAUAUUUCUUACCCAAUGGUACAUACUGUGAAAUG